GCGGCACUCAGCUGAUGUCGCAGCAGGCAGCGAAUGCUACUAAUAGUACAGGUGGUGGUGGUGGCGGUGAUACCGUGUCUUCCUCACCGCUCACGGUCAGUAGCAGUAUGGCCUUGUUGCCUGUACAGCCUGGAAGCUCGACUGCACUCGGUCACAAAGCAGCGCAGCAAUCUUCAAAAUCAACGCCGCAUCACAACAAGUUGGCACUAGCGCAGGACUGUGCACAUCGUAUAGAAGCGGAACAAGCAGGGACGGUCGAGGAGAUGCUAGUCCAGCCACCUGGUGGAAGCCAUGCCGUGUGUACUACGGGUCCUCAAGCCUCGCUACCAGCCACACCCGGCUCAUCAUCGAAGAUUGGUUGCAGUACUAGCAAGUGUGUGAGCACGGUUCGGCCGCACAACCAACAGCGUGGUGUUAGGCGCAGCGCUGCGGUGAAUUGCAACAGCCAGCAGCAGCAACCGCUCCCGGAGGCCAUCUCAGAGGUUGGAAGGCAUCCAAUUGAAGAUGGUGGAGCUGUCGGAGGUAGCGUCCCUACGAAUGGUGAUAAUUACAAUCAAAACCUGCCGUCUCCGGAGCAGCUAACAACAUUAGCGACAACGAAACAGAAGCCAAAACAAAAGCAUUCGAAACAGCUAGUCGCUGCAAGUGUUGGAGACCUAGCUGGUGCGGGUCAUUGUUCACAGUUGGGUGCUACGCCAGCGCCAGUAGCAGCGGCAACGAACAAAUUAACCUCGAUAAUGGCACAGCAGUCUCAGUAUCCGCAGCCGGCGAAAUCGGUUAGCGUAGUGGCAAAGCUCGAUCCAACGUCAUCUCCUAUUACAGCCCUCUCGCAAGGACAGUCACAAGUGGCUGUUCAUCAUGGUCAACUGCAGCAGCCACAGCAACUUGCUCAUCAUCACCACCACCACUCUCUUGGUCCUCACACAGCAAUUGCACCUGCUGCUGGAUACGGUCUCGCACCGGCCCAACAUCAGCAGUUGCAACGGUCAGCUCCACAUCUCCCGCAACAGCGACAUCAUCCGCAGCAACAGCAACUUUCAGUGCCAUCGUCAAUGGCACCAGUGAUCUCUUCAUUGAACGCACACCCGCUCCAUAUUCAUCAACCACAGCAGCAGCAGCAGCAAUCACAUCCGCAGCAGCAUUUGCAUCAGCUGAACAAGCAGCAACCAUGCCAACCAUUAACUCCGGUUGCACCUCCGCCUUCUCAUCACCACCAUCAGCAGCAGCAACAACAGCAGCAGAAGCAACAGCAACAGCAUCUGCGCCAGUUACAACAGUUUCAUCAACUGCAGCAACAGCAACAGCAGCAUCAUCAACACCAGCAUCAGCAUUACCAUCAACAUCAACACCAGCAUCAUCAUCAUCAUUUGUUGCAGCAUCAACAACAGCAGCAGCCACAACCGCAACCGCCCUCGCAUCAUCAUUUACAUCAGCAUCACCAUCAGCAACCGCCGCCACAGGCACAGCAACAAUACCAUCAAUCAGGGCAUGUUCAUGGGCCACAGCAGCCACCAACACCACAUUCGUCCACCACUGCGGCGUCCACAGCCACGGCUGCUGCAGCCGCCCAUCAGCAGCAGCAGAGCAUCAACCUGAACGUAAACCAUCACGUUAUCUCCGCGCCGAUCGUGGUCGACUUCUCCAACAUGACGGUUAACUGUGUCCAGUUACAGGAAGCGUCACAGCAUCCAAAUCCGAUAGCGGCCGCAGCUGCCGCGAUGGCAGCCGGCUACGGGGCGGCGGCAGCAGCGGCUGCUUCGGUACCCUCGACCAUCGGUCGCAUUGCCAAGUAGAAGUCACUAGCGUAGUGGACACACGAACAAACACUAGGCUUAAGGUUUUCAUGUUUCAGAAUAGAGCAGAGAGAGAGAGAGAGAGAGAGAGAGAGAGAGAGAGAGAGAGAGAGCACAGGGCGGGUCGCGAAGGAAAAGGAAGAAAUGUGCGAAGGUUAAACAUUAGGGUGGGAAGACGUUGCUAGCAACUAUAACAUAAGGUGUGCAUGUGUUUGUGUGUGCGUUUGUUAGUGUGCCUAGCUUUCAGCUAACGGCUGCUAACCGACUAUUACUAGAUUAAUUUCGGUUUGCCAUGGUUAACAAAACGUGGCCACAAGGCAAUCGAGACCUCGGUCAAUCUCAGCUUUAGCUAUCUUUACCCCCCAUUCGCCCACCGCGGUUCCGUAUUUCGUGCUCGUGCUCCCUGCACAGUAUCGACGAAGCUCCGCACGGUGUGUGUAUGUGAAGUUGUUUAUAAUUUUAACUCUCCUCUCGAUCGGCACCUCCUUCAGUCGCCCGAGUUUACCUCGAUUCUGUCGAUUCCUUGGCUUUCGCUUCUCCAUGAUGGUGUUCAUAUACUUUAUAGGAUAGACACUAAGUUACAUGCUAGCCUUAUUGUAAAGCUAUUUUUUCCUUUCCCACCCACACUACUACCAUUAUACAUUGCCACUCUAGCAGCGAAUGUUGGAUUUCGUAUUGUAAAGUAGGAAGGUGAAAAGUAAGGCUCGGAAAGAGGAGAUUCGUCGAGAUGACGCGUGUGGUUGUUGUAUUUCGACUUUUUAAUAGACGUUAGCAGGAGGCGGAUCACAGACGUUCGUAUUUGUGGUUAAUUUGGUGAUCUUUUUUUUUUCUUUGAAAUACCUUUGAUUACUGUUAGUGCAGUUACUUCAACGCUAGACCAAUGAAGAAUAAUUGGCAAAGGGAUGUAGAGAUCGAAAGAGAAGAAAGAUUGUCAGUAGAGAAAGAUAGGAGAAUGCCGCGCACACUCGAAGAAAUUUGUAUAGAUCUCAUUUGGUUUAACAAUGAAUUUUCGGAAUAACGUGAAAGCCUGCAGUAGCGCGGCGCACGGACCGGUGGAUGGCGAAUUUAGCGUUUAAGGCAUAAC